UUCAUUUCGCCGCCAUUUUGCGUCUUUCGUCAUCUUUUUCGUCGUGGUGAAGUUCCCUGCGAGCGACAGUCACCCGUGUCUACAGGAAAUAAGGUCGGAUUUUGCAGCAUAUUUUCAGAAUUCACCCUAAACACAAUUGAAACGUCCCGCGCUUUAUCGGAAAUUCAUCAUCGACCGCUCAUCGACCGAAGCGCGAAACGUCAACGCGCCAUUGGCUGAACACAGAAGCAACGCGAUCGCCUAUUCGUCGAAGUUGAAGUUCUGCCAACGCGACGCAAUAAGGAGGUAUUGGUACACGAAAUCGAGUGAAACGCAAGAUAGUAGUUCUCAACGCAAGUAACAAGGACAGCAUAUAUUCCUAUUAAUUUUAAGAGGUUGUUUAAUUUAGUCGUGUACGUUUGACGUUACUCAGUAGUUUUUUAGUAGCGUAAACGCAAUUUUUAUACACGCCAUUUUGAUGUAAUUCCGUGUUACAACAGAAUAUUUAGAAUUUAUUGAGUGUAUACGUUGUUAUCAUUGUGAAAAUGUCUGUUUCUAACGGAGAGGAGGACGUAGCUGCAAAACUAAGCAAACUUAAGUUAAACCGCGGCUAUAAUAAAGAUCCUAAAGAGGAAAUGUCGGAAGAUAUCGCGACAACAGAGGACAAAAUGUAUUCCGUCCUCUCUAUUUUGGAUCGGGAAAUUGCGUCCCGCAAGCAGGUUUUGCAGCCUCCGCCUCCGCCUCCUCCAGCUAAGAGAUUGGUGAACCUACCAACUUUAGGGAUUCCUAUAUUCGCAGAUUCUUACACGGGAAGAGCCUACCACAUGGAACGUGACACGUCUGCAGAGCCCACGGUUAAGGAGCUGCUGGCAUUUUUAGAGAAGAGAGCGCUCGCAAUGGAAAAUGCUGAGCCUCCUGCGAAGCCCUCUACCAGCAACGCCUAUGGUAACAGGCAGUCCAGAUUGGCAGUCAACGUAGCAGCGGUGGGAAGCAAACCAGCAUGCAAUUACUAUACUGGAGCCCCCGGCGAGCCAGCACAGCGAGCCUCGGCCGAGCCACACGCUGCUGCCGAGCCCGGCGGCGCUGCGGCCUGAGCCGUGCGCUUACGCGACACCUACCGCUCCGCCCGAGGAUGGCCCGCGCAUCUUAAACACUAAGUUUGGACAUAUAAUUGGCGGUGCUUUACCAAGCCAGCAUGAGGUAACAAAGCUUAUAUCGCUCUUAUGCACGAAGUGUGACAACAAUUUAAAUGAUACUAUGGCAAACUUCUUCCAAACUGAGUCUGUACCUGAGGUAUAUAAGGAGCAACUUUCAGAACAUGACAUUGUAGAAAAUAACUUUCAAAGUACUAUGAAAUUGGAAAAUAAUAAAUUCCAAGUGGACUUACCACUGAAGAUUCCUAUUUCUGAUGUGAAUGAAACAUUAGGUGAAUCUUUCGAUUUAGCUUUGUAUAGGUUCUUAAGUCUUGAGAAAAAAUUGAAUAAAAAUAGUGUUUUACACUCAGAAUAUAGUAAGUUCAUAAACGAAUAUGUAGAGCUGGGACACGGUCAUUAUAUUAAUUUGGAUUCUUAUAAUUUGAGGCAGGAUCCCGUAUAUUUUCUCCCACACCACGCGGUUAUAAACGAGAGCAGCAAAACCACUCGCACACGAGUAGUGUUCGACGCGUCUAUGAACACGCGCAGUAAGGUUUCUCUCAACGACAUUUUACUUAACGGCCCGGUCGUGCAAAGGGAUCUCUUUGACAUAGUCAUUUUAUAUAGAUUCGGAGAUUAUACAUUUAAUGCAGAUAUCAAACGUAUGUUUAGGGGGGUCUUAGUAAAUCCUGAACACACCUCAUUACAAAAUAUUUUAUGGCGUGAGGACCCUUCCCAACCCAUUAAAUGUAUACGAUUAGAUACCGUCACAUAUGGAUUAAAAUCGUCAAGUUAUUUAGCGACUCGAUGCUUACUAGAGCUUGCAAAACAGAAUGAAACUAACUUACCUUUAGCCGCUUCCAUAAUUAAAAACUGUACCUAUGUCGAUGACGUCAUGGUUUCGCACUCUAAUUUGAAUACAUUACUUGAGGCAAAAAUGCAACUAACACAAUUGCUGGCUCUGGGUAGCUUCGAAUUGCACAAGUGGUCAUCCAACAACAAACAGGUGUUGUCAGAUAUUCCCACGAGCCUACAACAGUUGGAUGAUAUAGAACUUCAAAAGGAAAAUUAUAAUAUAAAGGCGCUAGGUCUGUCUAUAGACGUACAGGAAAAUUGCUUUGUCAUAACACCUCCCACAAACAUGCAUACACAAAACAUCACAAAAAGAAAUAUCUUAAGCCAGAUUUCUCGAUUUUAUGACCCGCUAGGCUUUGUUUGUCCGAUUGUGGUGAAGGCGAAGGUCAUUAUGCAGCAGCUAUGGCUUGAGAAGAUGGAGUGGGACGCAUGUCCGCCUCAGCACAUACAUGACGAGUGGGUACAAUUUUCUAAUAACCUAGCUUCUAUGGACACUAUUAAAUUAAAAAGAAACAUACAGAUUCCCUCAGACGCUGAAGCUGUGCAGCUCAUUGGAUUCGCAGACGCUUCGAGUUCUACGGGCUACGGUUGCUGUGUAUAUCUACGAGUGGUUCACUCAUCAGGUACAGUUGAAACAUCCUUACUGUGUUCGAAAUCACGCAUCAAUCCACGCACGAAACCGUUGACCGUUCCGAGGCUCGAACUCAACGCAUGUCUGUUACUAGCAAAGUUAAUAACCAGAGUGCAUGAAACGCUCACAACAAAGAUACGAGUAGACGAUGUUUACCUAUUUUCUGACUCGCAGAUAUCUUUAGCUUGGCUAAAAACGGAAGUCACAAAACUACAAGCGUAUGUUUCGAACAGAGUGAGAGUAAUCCAACAACUCACUAAUAGAUGGCGCUGGCUGUAUGUGAAUACUCAGGAGAACCCUGCAGACUUGGUGAGCAGAGGAGUGGACGAUCCGCGAGUACUAGCUUCCAGCACACUGUGGUGGAACGGACCAGCCUUCCUUCAGCACAGGGAGUAUUCAUUUAACAAUAAAAUGCAGUCGCCUACAGAAUUACCUGAAUUGAAACCGCAAGCAGAAGACGCAGAUCAUGGCGCAGUUAUCCUUUCUUGCACUUUAGAUCAGUCGCAGGUACUCGACAUGAUGAUACGUAACAUUUCAGACAUUAACAAAAUGCAGCGUAUCUUAGCAUACAUACUUAGAUUUCGUCAUAACAGUAAGCCGACGAACACAAAAAUAAGAACGAAAUUUUUGUCGAGCAAUGAAUUGCAGAGGGCUCUGCUACUUUUAAUUAAGCACGAGCAAACAGUCUAUUAUAACGAAGAAAUAAAAUGCUUAUUGAAAGGCGAUCAUAUUAAAGGCUCAUUAAAACCUUUGCAUCCAUUUCUCGACGAGGAGGGCGUACUUAGAGUAGGAGGUAGACUACACAACUCAGACAUUCCAUACACACAAAAACACCCUGCUAUUUUGCCAAAGCAAUCGCGACUAACGCAACUUAUUAUACGUCACGAGCAUUUUCGAUUGCUUCAUGCAGGGCCCAAACUGCUAUUAGCGCAGAUAAAUCAAAAAUACUGGUUAGUAAACGGUAUCAGAACGAUUAAAAAAGUUAUUCAUAACUGUUUAGUUUGUUUCAGAAUGAAAGCAAACACUGCAAGACAGCUCAUGGGUUCCUUACCAAAACAGCGUGUCACCGCUUCAAGGGCCUUUCAAGUUGUUGGAGUGGACUUCGCUGGGCCGGUGCAGUUAAAAAAUUCACGCAUUAGGCGAGCAACUCUUAGUAAAGGUUACAUCUGUGUAUUCGUCUGCUUCACAACAAAAGCGGUUCAUCUAGAACUAGCUUCAGACUUAUCCACGGAUACCUUUCUCGCCUGCUUUAAGAGAUUUAUUUCGCGUCGAUCACUGCCCACCGAGGUCUUCUGCGACAAUGGGACCGCAUUUGUAGGGGCAAGGAACAAAUUAGCUGACUUGUACAAGCUGCACGGCUCCGUUGACCACCAGACACAGGUGCAAGGGUUUGCCUCCCAACAAGGAAUAAAAUUCCACUUUAUUCCUGCGUAUUCACCGGUGUUCGCUGGUCUAGCGGAGGCUGCAGUCAAAAGUUCUAAAUAUCACUUAAAAAGAACAAUAGAAAAAAGUAUACUUACUUACGAACAAUUGAAUACGGUUUUAUCUCAAAUUGAAGCCAUUUUAAACUCGCGACCCAUCAUGCCGAUUUCAUCCUCGGACAUUGCAGAUUUUAGUUACUUAACACCAGGACAUUUUUUAGUAGGAGGUCCACUUGUGUCCUACCCUGAACCUGACAUAACGGAGGUUCCUGCUAAUAGGCUCAAAUUUUGGACUUUGGUUGAGAACAUGAAACAAUGUUUUUGGAAAGCGUGGCACAAACAAUACUUAAACAUAUUGCAAAGUCGACCAAAAUGGCGCGAUAGUUUGCCUAACAUAACAGUAGGUUCAUUAGUUAUAAUGCGCGAGCCAAAUUCAGCUCCUCUGUACUGGCCUAUGGCUAGAGUGACUCAGAUUUUCCCAGGCGGAGACGGUAAGGUCCGAGCCUUAGAGUUAAAAACGUCCAAUGGCAAGACGUAUACUCGAUCGUUAUCGAGCGUUUGUAUUUUACCUUUAGAAUAAGUUUUAUUAUUUACAAUAAGAUAGCAUAAAACACUUCUUCCUUUUUUUAUUAUGUAAUGUAUCCGAAGAUAAGUUUAUUCUAUAAGAGUUAAUUACAAUAUACCUAAUUGUAAAAUAUUGAAUUAGUAAUUUUCUACGAAUAAAUAAUAAAGUAAUGUCUCAUAAAUAUUAAGCUUGCUUAUUAGAGUAAAAAGUAAAAAAUAUGCUACGUUUCCUACAAUUUCAUUGAAUUUAUAAGCUAUAUUGUUAUUACUUUAAAAACAAAGUUAAGGUUUGCAAGUUUAAUUUAAUUACUGUGUAAGUUGAUGAUAUAAGUGACUUGCAAUAUUAUUUAGCAGCCAUGAGUUAUUUAUUUGAUUUCUUGAGGAUAGAAUAAGUUGUAUUGUAUUCUUUUAGUUUAAAUUCUCUCAGGCCGCAGCAUGUUGGCAUCCCCAACAAAAUUAUAUUUUUAAUAUUUAAGUGUGGCAAUACUUGCCCUUCUGAUCUCAAACCUAACUAACGUGUACCUAUCGUGUGUUAAACAUUUUAUAAUAUAAAUUAAUAAAAGUGCAGUCAACAUUGUCCAGCUGUGUUAUUCCCCAUACCUACCAUCAAGCAGAGCAUCG